AUGGGAGACUGGUCCAUCCUUGGCCGCUUCCUAACAGAGGUUCAAAACCAUUCCACAGUCAUUGGUAAGAUAUGGCUGACAAUGCUGCUCAUCUUCCGCAUCCUGCUCGUGGCCCUGGUGGGGGAUGCUGUCUACAGCGAUGAGCAGUCCAAGUUUACCUGCAACACCCUGCAGCCAGGAUGCAAUAAUGUUUGCUAUGACACUUUUGCCCCUGUCUCACACUUGCGCUUUUGGGUCUUUCAGAUUGUUCUUGUAUCCACACCUUCUAUUUUCUAUAUUGUCUAUGUCUUGCAAAAAAUUACCAAGAAUGAAAAGUCAGAAGUCAAGAAGAUUGAAGUGGUGCCCAGGUCCUCACCUGUACUUGAAAGGGACAAACACAUAGAAGGAGAUAAGGAGUCCGGCAGUCCUUAUAACACUACCUGUAACAACGAGGACUGGAGCUCACAGGAAGAUGAAUGUGAGGAGACAAGCCAGUUGGAAGAGGAAAUGAGAGAGGUCGGAAAAGACCCAACCCAGCUCUCAAGCCAAGUACUACUCAUCUACAUCAUACAUGUUUUGCUGCGCUCCAUUAUGGAGAUAAUCUUCCUCAUUGGGCAGUAUUGCCUAUUUGGAUUUGAAGUCCCACACCUCUUCCGCUGUGAAACCUACCCCUGUCCAAACCGAACUGACUGUUUUGUGUCUCGAGCCACAGAAAAGACCAUCUUUCUCAACUUCAUGUUCAGUGUGAGUCUAGGUUGCUUCAUCUUGAACAUUGUGGAGCUGCAUUAUCUAGGCUGGAUUUAUAUUUUCAGAGUACUGUUCUCUGCAUGCUGCACAUGCUGUGACUCAAGUAGGGCCCCUGUGCAGGUGGAAUUAUAUUCUGACAACAACCCACUGUUGCUUGAGCUCAAACACUCUUUACGUGGCAGGGUUGUCCUGCAGGCCACAUCUACCAUGUCCUGUGACAAGAGCAGUGGCAUCCCAAACCAGGCCCCAGCCAUCUCGUUUGAGACAGACUCUACUCUGGAGUGCACUUCGAAGAGGAAACCAGAUGAAAAGGAACCCAUCAAAACUAGACUGCACAACAUGACAAAAAUAGGAAGAAGCAAAAAGUCAUGGCUGUAA